UCACCCCGUUCCUCCCACCAACAGGCGGCGCUGGAGCUCAGUUCCUCCCACCAACAGGCGGCGCUGCAUGUGGGCUCCUGCUGUGCAGCCCCGACCAGGGGCAGGACGCCAAGGCCGGGCCCUCCCUCACCCUCAGACCAUGGCCGAAUGCGGGGAUAGCGGCAUGCCUCCCGUUGGUUGAUGACAGAGUACUUCCAGUCGUGGGUAUGUCGAAGACUUGGGCCAGCCCUCCCACAGGGGCUGUCAACAGAUGUACAGAGUUAGGUUCGGGAAAGAUCGAGUGUGAGAAGAUCAUAACUGAAGAGUUGAGAGCAGUUCCUCUGCACUACAGUCCAGAGCUUGUGGAGGCUUGUGCAGAUCUCAUCAAUGAAGAAUGGAAGAGGAGCAAAGCAUCUCGGAUUCACUCACUCCAGAAAUCUUCCAAUAGCUUCCCAGUUUGUCUCGUGUUGAAAAAGAUUCUAAAGGAUGCUGGAAGCACGACCAAUGAAAACAGGAGCCAACUGGUGGGUCACAGCAAGCUGUCUCUUGUGGUUGGUAAAUCCGCCGGCUUGUUCGUGGAGACAGUCGUAGUUGCUAAGGCAUUUCGAGGCAAAGGUUAUGGCAGAAAAUUAAUGGAAGCCACUGAAGCCUAUGCGAAAAACCGAGGAUUCAAAACUCUGUAUCUCACGACUCAUGAUAAACAAGACUUUUAUUCCCACUUGGGUUAUGUACUAACUGACCCAGUGCAGAAUGCAGGGUCUAUGAGCGCAUUCAUGACCAUGGAAUUCCUUGAAAAGUUGUCUCGUCCAACAAUUUCACCACCACGUGGUUCUCUACUAUCCUCUUGUCUAUCGCCACAUGUGCCAUCCCCUGCUCCACAACCACCUCCCGCCCCUGUGUUUGCACCUGUUCAGAACCAUCGACUAAAUCUUCCUUCAGCACCUCAUCCCGUCCCAUCUUCUCAGUCUAAUGCACCAGUACCUUUUCCAUCAUCUCUUACUGCAUCCUCUUUGCCAUCUGGGCAACUUCAGACUUCAGUGUCCUGUUCCUCAACCACUUCCCAGUUAGAUCAGCGUUGUCCUAUUCCUCCCCCACCUCCGCUCCCACCACCAAUACCGGGUUUGCACGCAGCCCCUUGCUCCCUAAAUACUUCACAGUUACAUGGACAGACCCAUGCUUGCAACACAUCCUCUCCGUCACCCGCUCUCCCCACUUCAAAAACGUCCCAGUUGCAUUCUCCUUCAGCUGAUCCCUUUCAACUUUCCUCACCAACUGCUGAUUUGGUGGCAUUACCUCCCGCACCACCACCUUUGCCUUUGACUUCUGAAACAUUAUCAAAGUUAUCCCAGUUGGCAUGCGAUUUACCUGAAUCCUUCCAAGGGAAAGGAAAAGCUACACAAAGCCAGUGGGAGACUCCUUACCAAUGUGUUAAAGGUCGUCCUAUCUUCUGGAUGAAGAAAGACAUCAAAUUUGGUCCAAAUGAUUUGAAGAAUAUGUUUGAAAGUUGCCUUGAAUUAACUGAUGCCAAAUGAAGUACAAUGCAAGAGUAAAUGUUCUAAAAGAACCACAAGUUUUGGUUGGAAGUGGUUUCAAAGAAUGAGAGGCUGUUUAAAUUGGUAUUUCAGAAUAACAACUAUGGAUAGUUGAAUUGUUCGAAUGAUUUUCUUUUAAGUAAUUGGUGUAGACAAAUGUCCAAUGUAAAUGCAAGAGGCAAGAGGUCGUAUAGAUUAUGUUUGAAUGUUUUAGCAUGUUUUAACUGAAGAACAGAAUUGAAUACCUUUAUACAUGUGAAACCCACUCUUGAGAAAUUCAGGGUAUGCCGCCCGUUAUUUUUCUAGGCAACAAUAUUCUCAUUUAACUUCAUUUAAUUGAAGCAAGUUGUCUGCAUGAAUCACGGUUUUUAAGCAUUUACAGUGCUUUUUUGCUUUUUAUUGUUACAUUUCCUGGCUUGGCAAUUAUUUUCUUGAAUGAUCUCUUGAACUAGUUGUGUGAUUUAUGUUGCAAUCAUCGUGGACGCUAAACCAUGCUGUAUUCCUGAGGUUUGUGACUGUGGUAUGAAAUGGCGGUAAAGAAUAUUAGAAUCAAGUUAAACAAUUGAGAAUGGGGAAUAUUUCUUCAGAUUACAAUGAAAAUAACUGAUUCUGAAAUAAAGUUAGCAUAACAUGGUAAUUGUCAUGAAUUGUGGGUUUUGAAUGAAGUCAGACAGGAUAGCAGUCUCUGACUGGAAUUUUAGUGGUCUUCCUUAAGUGGUCAGCUCGUUCCAUGCACCUGCUUUGAAUUUUGCUUUUACCUACUUUUACUUGGUGCCCCUCAGGUUCCUAUUCAUUCUUCCCUCAACUUAAUAAAUAAAACGUAAUAAACAAAACAUCAUUUGGAGCAUCUUGUUGCCCAUAAAAUCGUUAGGUUGAUUGGCUUCUACAAUUUGCCCCUGGUAUCUAGGGAGUGGAUGCAAAAGUGAGAUAACAGAACUAGUUUGAACUGAUAAUCAAUGGACAGCAUGGGGCUGGUGGCUGAAGGGCCCGUUUCCACGCUGUAUCUUUCAAUUAAAAAUAAAAAUGUCUAAAAGGCAUCCUCCAGCUAUUCUGAAACUCAGAUUAAAAAGAGCUUGAAGUCUGAAGAAGGGUCUCGACCCGAAACAUCAUCCAUUCCUUCUCCCCAGAAAUGCUGCCUGUCCCGCUGAGUUACUCCAGCAUUUUGUGUCGACCUUCGAUUUAAACCAGCAUCUGCAGUUCUUUCCUAUAACAAAAUAGCUUAAACCUCCUUUACAAUCUUUAAGCACAUCUCAAAUUGUUUUACAGACUUCUGAAUACAUACGCGACAUUUACAAAAAUGUUUAAUCUGAUGUUUCAGAAACGUAUGCAAUUUAUUUCAACACUGUUGUGAAGUUUUUUUUAAAAAGUGCAAAUUCUUAGUAAGUUCAAUUCUGUGAAAACAUUUUACCGGAUUCACAUUCUGAAAGGAACAGUUGUGAAAGGCCAAGACUAUACUUAGACUCCAGAGACAGCUGCGGAGGGUUUGGUCACAGUUGUGCAUCUGCCGACAAGGUUACACGUUAUUUGAUCUGGAGGAUGACGAGGUCUGAAGAAGGGUCUCGACCAAAAACGUCACCCAUUCCUUCUUUCCAGAGAUGCUGCCUGUCCCGCUGAGUUAAUCCAGCAUUUUGUGUCUAUCUUCGGAUGAAGAGCUUAGUCUGCAUUCAGGUUAAGUGAAGAGUGGACACAACAGUAAUGUGAAUGAACUAUACAGUGACACCACUCCUGUCUUCAUAUUGUGCUGCUAUAACCUCCACUGUAUAUAGAUUAUCAUUGGAGCGGCACAGGUUCAACAGGUAUUUUGAAGCUAUUGCAUAUUGCCAGUAUUAGACAGGAAAAUUAAAGUAACCAUUUAUUUGUGGGCGGGGAAAAAACCCUUAAAUAACAUUAUAAAUAUUCUUAAUUGUUUUCUAAAUAUUCUUAAUUGUUUUCUGUCAACAAAAUAGAGAGAGUACAGAGGAGAUUUACUAGAAUGUUGCCUGGGUUUCAGCAACUAAAUUACAGAGAAAGGUUGAACAAGUUAGGGCUUUAUUCUUUGGAGCGCAGAAGGUUAAGGGGGGACUUGAUAGAGGUUUUUAAAAUGAUGAGAGGGAUAGACAGAGUUGACGUGGAAAAGCUUUUCCCACUGAGAGUAGGGAAGAUUCAAACAAGGGGACAUGACUUGAGAAUUAAGGGACUGAAGUUCAGGUGUAACAUGAGGGGGAGCUUCUUUACUCAGAGAGUGGUAGCUGUGUGGAAUGAGCUUCCAGUGAAGGUGGUGGAGGCAGGUUCGUUUUUAUAAUUUAAAAAUAAAUUGGAUAGUUAUAUGGAUGGGAAGGGAAUGGAGGGUUAUGGUCUGAGCGCAGGUAUAUGGGACUAGGGGAGAUUACGUGUUCGGCACGGACUAGAAGGGUCGAGAUGGCCUGUUUCCAUGCUGUAAUUGUUAUAUGGUUAUAAAUGAGACAUUAGGAUGGUUUUAUCAAGGAAAAACUACUGCAUUAACUUUUAAAGCUAUUUCUUAUAAUUAGGGCGGUGUGGUGGCAGACUGAACAUGGAGACUUCUUUCUCCUGAUUAAGAAUACAUAAUCCACGUAAUUUGAUUAAAAAGUCACAAAGAGUGAAGAGAUAAGGCGAUGGAAAGUGUAUUCCAUUAGAACAGUAUUGGAACAUGAAUUCACAUGGAGUGGUUGUUAAGGUAAAAUUAAAUAAAUAUUUAAACUGAUUAUGGAAAUAAGUGUGGUCAGCAUGACCGAUUUUGGAUUGGUCCAGUAUAAAAUGACUAAUAAUAAACCAAAUGUUUACCUUCUCAGAGUAAAAUGUUUGAUCAAGAACACUGCUUGAUUUCUUGGCCAACUAUAUUUCAUCAAUUCAUUUACAUCAAUUCUUCAGAAUAAAGCAUUGUGUUCCUGUGA